UUUGGUACAGAUUUAGAAAAUGCCUGUCUAAAUCCUGAUUCAACAUUGGGUUCCACAACGAGUCAAGUCAAGGACAAUGCAAAGCGUAGCUUUGAAAAUGCUUUUGGAAUAAGCAGAGAGAAUAGUAGUGAAAACCAUAAUGGAAACCUAGCCUCUUCUCCAAAACAAAACCUAGCCAGUGGAGUGGAUUCUGGUCUUAAGACAAGCAGUGUGGGAAAGUAUCUAGAUGUACAGCAGCAAAACAAACAUUACAGCAAUUUCUUUGGCCAUCAAAGUAAAGAAAUCAAAGCCAGCAAAGCUCAAAGUACCAGAAGUGCUAUGAAAGAGGAAGAGCAUAAGAGUGAGCACAAUGCCUUGUUGAAAAAGCAUGCAGCAGGGAGAGAGGAAGUGUGUGCAAUUGCUUGUGCUGCUACCACAUCUUGCAGAGGACCACAGCGGAUCUUGAAGUUACCGGUUCGAAACAUCAAUAAGAGGAACUCCCGGGGAGAAUCAGUUCUUCAUGUAGCUUCUAAGAAAGGGGAUCUUGCUCUCGUCAGAGCCCUGAUAGAGGCCGGAAUAAAUGUCAACCAAGCAGAUUAUGCAGGGUGGACAGCUCUGCAUGAAGCCAGUGCCCAGGGACACUCAGCUGUGGUGCAGGAGCUGCUGCAGUCUGGAGCCGACGUUAACAGCAGAGGCCUGGAGGGGCUCACACCUCUGCACGAUGCUGUCACCUCCAAUCACUAUGAGACUGUCAAGCUACUCAUUCAGUACGGGUCAAACCCUAAUGACCAAAACGUUUUUGGGAAAACCCCCUUGAACUUGAAAUGCGACAAAGGCAUCAAAGAGUUGCUCUCGACAUUCCAUGGGCCCUUCGUUUCACCGGAGGAAGGCUCUUCCAAACCCUCCUCAGCUGCAGUGCGAGGAAAGCCAGCUGCCCUGUCCUGUGAGAAUGAGAGUGGAAUCCAGCCCAAUAAAGAAAGCCAUUGCUGCACUAAUUUGGAAUCCACCAUCACAAUUUUAGAGAGUGUGGAAAAGAAGCAAAAGGAAAUGUCAGCCUGGGAACUAACAGGACCAGACGAUAUUGGUAAAUUUACAGAAGCAUUUUCUCAGAUCCAGGAUGUCUUGAAUCAUGUGUUGAACAAACACAAAGCAGAAAACCGUGAGCUCACCAGGAAAUACAGGAUAGCCUCUGAUUCAUUCAAGCAGGGCAUUCUCAGGAAGCAGCUCAUGUCCUUAGCCUCCAGACAGAAGUGCCUCCUGAGAUCUCUUCAGAAGCAGAAUUCUCUCAAACUCAGUGUUCAGACACAGAGCUGCAGCCUGUUGUCGCCGAGGCCUUCCACUCAGCUCCCACCUGCAGGAGAAAACCAGCCUGGAGCCGACACUGUCCCAGUGACUUACAUUGGGCCCUACAGAACCACACAACAGGAGCCCCCUUUGAGCUGUGAUAGUGUUGAGGCUCCUUUAAGCCCUCGAGGUGUAGAGGUUCCUUUAAGCCCUCUAGGCAUAGAGGUUCCCUUAAACUCUAGAGGUGUAGAGGUUCCUUUAAACUCUAGAGGUGUAGAGGUUCCUUUAAAAUCUCAAGGUGAAGAAGUUCCCUUAAGCUCUAGAGGUAUAGAGGCACCUUUAAGCUCCAGAGGUGCCAUCUCUGAGGAAACACCCUCUUCUCAUUCCCUUUCAAGUCUUGGAGAUUCAGCCAUCCUGCGUGACUCCAGCGAAUCCACUCACAUUACCUCAGAUACGGAAUCAGGGGAACCUGAGCCCAAUGUUGAUGCUCUGGGAUCCUGCUCAGAGGUUGCUGUGCAUCGUGAGAAUACACCUUGUGCAGAUAUUGUUCUUCACCUGAAAAGUGGAAGGUCUGAAACAGGACCGGUGCAGCCUACGAUCUCUGCUAAUCAGUCUCCCUCAUCUCAACAAACUGCUGGUGCAAGAAGUGAUCAGCAGAGGUCAGACAGCAUAGGUGAAAAUGUGCACUGGAGCCCCCAGGUGGGUGUGCUCAUAGUCUCUAAUAAUACUGCAUACAUUGUGUCAUCAAGCCUCACAGAUAAGCAGCACACCUCACAGACACAUCAAACCAGACCCAGCGUCACCCCACUGGCUCCAUCCUCAUCUUUUCUCCAAGGAGUAAACUCAGGUCAGCCCCCAGACUGGGUCACGGCCAAACAGAACGCACUCAGUGUGAAUGAGACACUUGCUGCUGUUACUGCCUGUCAGGUCCCUGAUAAGACUUCCUUGGGAGAAGCUUUAAGUCAUGGUGUUCAGAAGAGUUCUUGUGAGGCAGCUGUUAGUAAGACUCUUCCACAGUAUGGAGACACCACAGUCAGUAACAGACAGUUGAUCAGCCUUAUUCAGUGUGGAGUAAUCAAGCCUGGAGACCAAGUUUUACAGCUGACACUGAAGGGCUGUACCUAUAGGGCAUCACUUCUACCUGAUGGGUCUAUUAAGGAUAUGAAAGGUCAGUUCUUCCUCAGUCCAGAGGAGUGGGUCAUGUCUUUACUGGGGCCCAACAUACCCAUCACAUCAGCAUUCGCCUGGAAGAAGGUGACUUACAGAUCAAAGUCGCUUUUAAUGUAUUUGGAGAGUCCUGACCUGGCAGCAUCGCAAGCCUUUCCUGUGGUGACUCCCUGCACAGAGGAAACGGGAAGAUCCUCCAUUACCAACUUCAUGGACAUCAAGAAGAUUCUUUUAAUCAGCCAUGAAGAGUUUAUGCCCAGCCGCUUGAUGGAUCAGUACUGGGAUACCUUUUCACAAAGUGAAGACUGGGAAAUUUGAAAAUAAAAGAAAUCCAUUUUUUCAAAGCAAUUCAGCCUACUUAUAACACAAGUUCAUAAUAUUAUUGUGAAGUUUUGCUGUGUUAUUUGUUGUAUAUUUUUUCACCAGAAAUGGUUUUUGUUGUGUAUUGACUUACUUCUUGCUUCAGUAGGUGCUCAUGUAUAUACCCUGCCAUUUGUCACUGCUAAAUUCAGACAUGUUGAUAACUUAUAAGAUCUGGUGGCAUUUUGGCACCAUUCCACCGCAGUAAUUUGAGUUUAAUUUAAUGAAUAUUUUAUUGAAUGGAUGUAAUUAAAUGCAUUUUAAAUAAA